AAUCUUUAAUUUGAUUUUUUUUUUUAUUUAUAUAAAAAAUUUAACUUUUUAACCCAACAUUUUUGGGUAUUUCUGUGUUUCAUUCCACAAACUUAUUAUAUUAUUCCUAUUUUGACACUUCCCUGGACUUAAAUGUCUUUGUCAAAUUUAGUUUUUUUUCUAUUCUGGCUUUCAUUAGGUUCAAACUUUCAAAAUUCUAAAAAUAAAUUUAAAAUAUAUUUUGCAAUAUACAAGAAUCUAUACAAAAGAUUUUUCUAAAAUUUCCAAUGGCUUCAAUCAAAACUUCUCCAUGUAUUCUAAAGAAAACAAAACUUAAUGAAAUAUCUUCAAAAUAUAACUAUAAAACGAAAUCAAAAGACAUCUGUGAAUCCAAACAACAACACAGUUUAGUAACAAAGAAAUUUCCAGCAACUAUAAUUGGAAAUAAAAAGAAAUCGACAGCUUUAUUUGCUGUUAAGAAAUCAAAAAUUCCUUUAAGAACUCCCUCAUCAAAUUUACAAGCUAAGUCUUUACAUCUCGAAUAUAAAACUAAUUUAAAUCAGAUACCUUCGGCAACUCCCACCUACACAGUGUCACCUGCUGAAUCUUUUUUGUAUAAUAAUUAUAAAGAUUUAACUAAUAAUUCAACACAUGGCAAAUAAAGAUGACUCUUCCUCAUCUUCAAACAAUCAUAAAAAAGAUGAGAAAUCUUUAAGAAAAAGG